AUGCCCCUGCCCCGGCCCUUCAGCGGAAGGGGAUCCAGUCUAGCCCGAGCCCGAGUGGCGGGCACUAGCCUCCCGCGGGCAACGGCCCGCUCCCCAAGUCGUGCCGGCCACGGUGGCCCGUUGUUGAGCCGUGCGCAACUCCUCACCCGGCAGCGCCAUUCCUCCGAGCAGGUCCCUGCAGAGCCCGAGCCGCAAGCUGACUUCCGCUCGGGAAAGUGGCUCCAAAAGCGCGCCGGAGAGGACGCCAGGGACUCGCGGCAGGCUCCGCGUGCCACGAUGGGAUCUAGGCACAGGAUCUGUGGUCAGGAAAAAAUAGUGAUCCCUUGUGCUUCUGACAGUGAUUCGGGAAGUGUGGAUUUGCAGCUGAGCAACUUAGAUGAUAUUAAAAAAGGCCCAAGUAGCAUUGAACUUACAGAGUUGGACAUCUCUGACAUCCCUGGACUUUCUCAGGAGUCCUUCACAGAUAACUUCAGACACCUCACCCACCAGGCGCCCCUGGGCGAGGCUGUCACUGACAAGCUGAUCAAAUCCAUCGAGGAGGUUUUUAAUGGUGAACUAAAGGAUGAACUUGAAAAGCUGACAUUCCUAAGAUCUUUAUCUUCUCUCAGCCGAACUCUACCUUAUUAUGAAACCACAGAAUCAUUCAUUCGCAGCCACAUAGCAGACAUUGUGUAUAUCCUAAAUGUACUGGUGCAAGAGGAGCCCCUGCAUUCUCUGUUCAGCCCUGUGCGCCAGGAGGUCUUUGUCACCAUCACUGACCUCAGUUACCAAGAUGUCCAUGUGCUGUUUGGCUCUGAAGAUCGAGCUGACUUGUUCAGUCUUAUCACCAAAAGUAUAAUCACUCUGCCCUCUGUAAGGACUCUUAUCCACCUACAGGAAGUCAUGCCAAGUGGACCCUACAACUCAGAGUGUCUCUACAGGCAGACAUUUCAGGCAUUCUCAGAGAUGCUCCAGAGUUUGGUGGUGAAAGACCCACAUUUGGAAAAUCUUGACACCAUUUUUGAGCACAUGGAACCCUGGUUACAGUCAGUCAAAGACCAUGAGCGGGAACGGGCCACGGCCAGCAUGGCUCAAGUUCUGAAGUGCUUAUCCAGGUAUCUCAACUUGAAGCUUCCACUGCAGUUCCAAAGACUUGGACACCUAGUGGCUCUGAUGGCACUGCUGUGUGGGGACCCACUGAAGGAGGUAGCCGAGGAGGCAGCAGAGGGCACGCACUUCCUGCUGCACAUCACCUUCAGGCUGAAGUAUAUUACUCAUGACGAGGAAAAUCACCGAAGCUUGAGAAGAGCACUGAAAAAAUGUCAAGAACUUCUAGAGCUCUACAGUAUUAAACAGUUCUACAGUCAUCCCUUCAAAAUUGCCCAGGUCUUUGAAGUUUUUCUCAAUUCAAAUGAGCUCCACCAGUUUGUAAUGACUACAUUGGAUGGCCUGAAAUAUUUGAAACAUCCCUGCACCCAGAUAUCAGCAGGAAAAUUACUGAUAACAUUGGUGAAAAAUGCAGAGUCCCGAUUUGAAAAGGUGCCUGAAAUUAUGGGAGUUAUCUGUGCCAGGCUAUCCACAAUCAGCCAGUCUAGCAUCCGCCAACAAGUCAUAAACACUGUGAGUUUGUUUAUCUCCAGGCCCAAGUACACAGAUAUAGUGCUCAGCCACCUUCUGUGUCAUCCAAUACCAUACGACAGGCAUCUAGCUGAGUUAUGGAGAACACUGGAAGUGGAGCUGCCCAACACAACCUGGAUUCUGUGGAGGCUCCUGAGGAAGCUACAGAAAUGCCAUAAUGUGCCCACCCAGGAGAAGAUGGCCUAUGUGGCUGUUGCUGCAACAGAUGCCCUUUAUGAGGUGUUUGUGGGAAACAGGCUCCGAGCAGCUAUGUUCCGACUCUUUCCUCAGCUUCUCAUGACACUGCUCAUCCAGAUUCACCACAGCAUCGGCCUCACCAUGUCUGAUGUCGCCAUCCCAAGUGGCCUAUACACAGAACAGGAAAUGUCAUCAGAGGUCACCCCUUUGUGUUUCGCCAUGCAGGCUACAAAGACUCUCCUCCUCAGGGCAUUGUGCUGGCAGGAAUUCGGCAUCAUGGAAAAGAAUAAAGGAUGGACUCUUCUGGAAGGAAAAGAUUACCAUCUUCAGGGAGUAUUUCUCCUUGCCAAUGCAUUGCUGGAAAGAAAUCCCGUCCUUGCACAUAAGAUCAUGUACUUGUUAAUCCCUCUUCUUAACCGAGGGAAUGAUAAACAUAAACUCACAGCUGCAGGCUUUUUUGUGGAGCUUUUGCAGAGUCCAGUGGUGAGGAGACUGCCCAGCAUAUUCUCCAUUGCCCGCCUGAAAGACUGGCUACAUCAUGGAAAUAAUCUCUUUAGAAUUAUUGCCCUACGGGGACUGCGUAAUCUUGUCAGACAUGAGGUGAUGAGGGAAGACAUCAAGAGCCUGUUGCCGUGCAUCUUAGACAGCUUAUGUGAAACCAACGAGAAGAUUGUUUUGUUGGCCAUCCAGAUACUCCUGCAACUUGUUGGGACAAUGGAUUUCACUACCCUGGCUGCCAUGAUGAAGACCCUGUUCUCCUUAUUUGGUGAUGUGAGACCUGAUGUACAUCGUUUCUCCGUGACUCUCUUUGGAGCCUCCAUAAAAUCUGUGAAAUACACAGAUAAGAAGGGUGUAGAGGACCAAGUCCUGGACAGCUUGGUCCCUCUACUUCUGUAUUCUCAGGAUGAAAAUGAUGCAGUAGCUGAGGAAAGCAGGCGAGUCCUAACUAUAUGUGCCCAUUUCCUGAAGUGGAAGCUGCCCCAAGAGGUGUACUGCAAAGACCCCUGGUACAUCAAACCUGUUGAAGUUGGGAUGAUCUGCAAAUUCUUUGGGAAAAAAUUCAAGGGGAAAAUUAACAUCCUAGCCCAAACGUUAAUGUAUUCCAAGAAUGCAAAACUUCCCAUCAGAAGAGCAGCAGUCUUGUUUGUAGGGCUCUUAACAAAGUACAUGGAUCACAAUGAGCUCAGGAUGAAGGGUACUGACUGGAUAGAGGAUGAUCUGAGAGAUCUGCUGCAUGACCCUGAGCCCUCUCUGCGCAUCAUCGCCUCCCAGGCUCUGUUCCGAGUCCAGAAGGUGGGGUCUGAACCAGAACCUGAGCAGACAGUUUGCUGGUUGAGGAAGCUCAUGGGAUGUCUCUCUACCUAGAAAUGCAAGGCGAGCAACACCAGAUGCAGAAGCUGUGGAACUGAACAUGAAAGUGACUUGGCCAAGGUCACACAACUAGUAAAUGUAAAAGCCAGGAUUUAAACCCAAGUAGUCUGGCUCCAGAGCCCACAUCCUUGGCUGGUUUGUUCUGCUCUUCUCCAGUCUGCUUUUUCUAUCUAAUGAGAAUAAAUUCAGUUCUACUCCACAAUUAAUCUCAGUUGCUAAACUAAACUUAUGCCCCAAAUAAAUUCAUGCAAUCAUACAAAUGUGGUAAAGGGCUGUUGAGCCUCAAAUAAUUUAUCAAAUACAAAGG